AUGGGCAAAGUCGCCGCCGCCGUUUCCGCGGCUCUGCUGCUCGCCAGCAACGCCGCUGCACUCGACCCCAUCGGCUCCAAGUUCUUCUACGAGAACGGUACCCAGUUCUUCAUGAAGGGCAUUGCCUACCAGCAGGACACCGCCGCCGCCGGUGGUGAGUCCAAGACUGGCGAAUACAGUGACCCCCUUGCAGACGAGACCGCCUGCAAGCGUGACAUUCCCAUCAUGGUCAAGGCCGGCACCAACAUCAUCCGCACCUACGCCAUCGACCCCAAGAACGACCACGACGCCUGCAUGAAGCUCCUCAACGAUGCCGGUAUCUAUGUCAUCUCUGACUUGGGUGAGCCCAAGCUGUCCAUCAACCGUGACGACGCCCAGUGGAACACGGAGCUUUUGGACCGCUACACCGCCGUCAUCGACUCUCUCGCCAAGUACGACAACACCGUCGGUUUCUUCGCCGGUAACGAGGUCUCCAACAACAAGUCAAACACCGAGGCCUCAGCCUUCGUCAAGGCUGCCGUUCGUGACUCCAAGAAGCACAUCAAGGACAAGGGUUACCGCUGGAUGGGUGUUGGCUACGCCGCCAAUGACGACGCCGACAUCCGCGACAACUCGGCCCACUACUUCAACUGUGGUGACCAGGAAUCCGCCAUCGACUUCUGGGGUUACAACAUCUACUCGUGGUGCGGUAAGAACACCCUCGCUGGUGCCGGUUACACCACCCAGAUCGACUUCUUCCAAAACUUCUCUGUCCCCGUCUUCUUCGCCGAGUAUGGCUGCAACAUCCCCAACGGUGCCAAUGGCCGUAUCUUCGAGGAGACCACUGCUCUGUACGAGAAGGAGAUGACCGACGUCUUCUCUGGCGGCAUUGUCUACAUGUACUUCGAGGAGGCCAACGACUACGGUCUCGUCCAGGUCACCAACGGCCAGGCUACCACCAUGAAGAACUACGACCAGCUUGCUACCCGUGUCCUUGCCGCCAAACCCGCUGCUGUUCAGAUGAGCUCUUACCAGCCCACUAACAAGCCCGCCGAGUGCCCCGCUACCUCCUCCACCUGGGAGGUCCACGGCGAGGCCCUUCCCCCCACCCCCGACAGCUCCCUCUGCGAUUGCAUGGUGAAGUCUCUUUCUUGCACCCCCAAGGAUGGCCUUAAGGCUUCCGCCAUUGGCGAGGUCUUCGGCUACAUCUGCGGUGCUUCCCCCGAAUCCUGCCGUGGCAUCAACACCAACACCACCACUGGUGUCUACGGCGCCUACUCCAUGUGCACUGCCGAGCAGAAGCUCGCCUUCGUUAUGGACACCUAUUACAAGGCUCAGAAGUCCGCCAGCACUGCUUGCGACUACGAUGGCCAGGGCCAGAUCGUCAGCCCCGCCUCUACCGAUAAGUCUUGCAGCGCUGCCCUCGCCUCCGCCUCCGCCGCCAACAGCGCUGCUGCCACCGCAACCGCCCCCGUCUCCUCCACUGGCAACCCCAGCUCCAGCGCUUCUGGCAACGCUGCUGCUGGCAGCCCCUACCAGCCCAUGUUCAACUUCGGCGGUUUUGCCAUUGGUGCCUACAUUGUUGCCGCUGGUGCCGUCGGUGCUGCCAUGGUUGCUCUGUAA